AUGGCCAUGGCAGUUUUAUUGCCACCAAAGGACCGGAGGGACUUCGAUGUCGCGAUUAUCUGCGCGCUGCAGUUGGAAGCUGACGCUGCAGAGGCACUCUUCGACCAUUUCUGGGAUGACGCUGGCGAUCAAUACGGAAAGGCGCCAGGAGACCAAAACACGUAUCGAACUGGGGUAAUCGGCAAUCAUAAUGUCGUGCUGGCAUAUAUGCCUGGUAUCGGAAAAGGUUAUGCAGCAAGCGUCGCAGCAAGCUUCCGGUCCAGCUUCCAGGGUAUCCGACUUGCCCUGCUUGUUGGGAUUUGCGGUGGGGUUCCAGGUGGAACUGAGAAGGGGAUAUUUCUUGGUGACAUAGUAAUCAGUGAUGAGAUCGUGAUAUACGAUCUAGGCAGGAGGUUACCGGGGGGGUUCUAUCGCAAGGAGGCAUUAACUAAUUCUCCUGUGAACCUCGAAAUACGGGCCUUCUUGCAUAAGUUGAAAGGUCAAAAGGGUCGUGAACACUUACUAAACCAAACUCACCGCCAUCUCACUACCCUACAAGACAGGACUGGCGACUAUCGCUGCCCUGCGAGAAGGCUAGACAGACUUUUCAAGCCAACCUACCAUCAUAAGCAUCACAACGCCGCGAGGUGUUGGAAGUGCAAGAAGAACGAGCUUUGCAAACAAGCCCAGGAGACCUUAUGUGAAGAGUUGAAAUGUGACACGAGGAGAUUGGUUGUUCGUUCGCGUCCAUCUCCGAAUGGCAUCGAUAUUCACUUCGGGCGAAUAGCUUCAGGAGACACGGUCAUGAAAUCUGGCGUGGACCGAGACAAGAUUGCCGCUGAAGAGAAUGUGAUCGCAUUUGAGAUGGAGGGUGCAGGAAUUUGUAACAAUCUGCCAUGUAUUGUGGUAAAGGGAGUUUGUGACUAUGCUGAUAGUCACAAUGAUAAAGUAUGGCAGAAGUACACAGCUGGAACAGCUGCUGCGUCUAUUGAUCGCAAUGAAAGAAGGGACGAACAGCCUACGGACACCCUGCGGACAGGCUCUUGCUGUCACCUCGAUACUACUCUUUCCCAAGCAGCAUCCUCUCAAUCAACCUAUCAGGAUGAAGGAUACAAUUCACAGAAGAAUUAUGAUAUCGGCGAUGGUGACUUAUCGCGAGUUCUGCCGACAAUCGAUAGGAACUUCAAGGCUGCACUCACCGGUUUCAGAAAACACCGAAAGUAUCUGCCUCGAGACGUUGAUCUCAAGAGCACACUGAAAACCCAGCGCGUCAUCUUCUCAAGCAAUGUGGAAAUCAUGCCGUCAUCGGGUCCUCUCAACCAUUCCCCCGAUUUGUCGAGCAAGGUUCUCCUAGAAGUUACUAUAGCAAUUCGAACAAAGCUGGAAGAGAUUGAAGACGCUACAAGGCGUCUUCCUGUUGCUACCAAGGCAAAAGUGCAGCCAAGGAGUGUCGCAGAUACACUCAAGGACACCGUAGAAGAUCUAAUUUCCCUAGUUCAGGUCUUUACGUCUUUGACUCCCCAACCAAAGCAGUCUCGACUAUCUAAAGAGUCAAAAGUAGCCAGGAACCCUGGAUGUCGCCGUGAAUUCCAGCAUUUCCGUAUUGUUCAGCAAGUUGCCUGCAACCUCUACGAUGUUUUAGGAACAGCUUGUAAUGCACACACUGUUCACGAUGUGCAUAUAUCUCUGCGACCAGACCUCGAUGGGACAUUAACCCGGGCGCGAUUUAACGUGGCGUUUGUUCGGAAUCCCAUGGCACCCGGGGAGGCAGUCUGGAUUGACGUGGAAUCAACCAUAAAAACUUUCGAGCCGAGUCCUCAAACAGUGCUCACAUCAGUCUCCCGGGGGCCCUCCUCUCUCAAACGACCAAGGCAACUUCAGGAGGCACAAGCAUGCAGUAAACGUGUACAGUUCCAGCUUUUACCCACGCUUUUGUCCGAGCCCCUACAGUCACGGUGCCCCGAAGAACCUAUCACUGGAAUUCCAAAUCUUUAUCUACAGCGGAAUUUCUGCACCGUGGUCGAGAGGUCCUUACAACAGCGAGAAUGUAAUGAUUGCAUUGGGUUACUUGGUGGCAACCAAAUCUAUCAACAUUUGGCAUAUAUGGGCAAUCAGACCAACCAAACAACUAUGUCUAUGUCACUUUCCAAGCUGAUAACACUAUCAGGGGCCGACCCUACUAAAGGGAUGGGUCUGUAUGAGUGUGUCCGACUAGCCAGAUAUCUUGCCACCGCUGUUCUCUAUUACCAUGCUACCCCAUGGCUCAGAAAAGCAUGGCGCAGCGACGACGUUCAAUUCUUCGGGGCUCCCGAUUCCUUGCUCCAGCAGCCACAAAACAUCCUACCAUAUAUGUCCACCUCUAUUCGAGCAUCAAACUCUUCGAUGCAAUCCCAGUCCCAACCGUCCGAGUACCAGCAUAUCAUCCGUAAUCCGGUUCUCUUCGGACUAGGUGUCAUGCUCCUCGAACUUGCAUACCAAGCUCCCCUCAGAAAUCUCCAACAGCCGGUCGACCUCAUGAAAGGAGAGACACCGGGGUUUGCAGAUUAUUUCACAGCGCACAGGUUAGUAGACUAUAGCUGUCGCAAGGUGAGCAAAAGUUUCAGGAUGAUUAUCAAAAAAUGCCUGCACUGCGAUUUUGGACAUGACAGCGACUUCACGAGUCCUGCUCUUCAGGAAGCCUUCUUCCAUGAUGUUAUUGGGGGCCUUGAAAACCUGGAGAAGGUUUUUCAGGAAUUGCAACCUGAUGACCCGUAACAUGAUCCGAUGUAGUGUCUAUCGAUUUUCCCUCAGCCUUCGUUGUUCUUAGCCCUGUCUUCAAUGUGUCUGAAAGCAUUGCACAUGUUUGUAUAUUAAAAUCAG